AGGAAGUCACUUAGGGUUCCCCAUACUUGCAUAAGAGUCACUGAGUGUGCUCUCAAAGGGAAACUCCUUGACAAGAGAGAUAAGGUGCUCUGUGUUUCAUAAUUGUAAUUACCGGGUCUCUAGUCAGUGUAGAAUCCUACACAGGAGGCAGCACCUGGCACUAUAUAAGGCCCUGAGCUCCAGUCCCUCUACAUCUCUACAACUCACCAGGCUUCAGUCAUGAGGAUCCAUUACCUUCUCUUCCCAUUUCUCCUGGUGUUGCUGUCUCCACUUGGAGCCUUUACUAAAAGAAUCAACAAUCCAGUAACAUGUGUGACCAAUGGAGGCGUAUGCUGGGGUGCUUGUAUUUCGGGUUUUAAACAGAUUGGCAGCUGUGGCCUUCCUAAAGUCAGAUGCUGCAAGAAAAAAUAAAUAAAAAGACCAAGAACCGGCAAGACGAAUAAAUCGCCAGAAUUUGGUCCACCAUGAGGAUGCACAAACCAAACCAAAUUAAAGUUCUUUGAUUACCUUCUCUAA